AUGAGUGGACAAGAAAGGCGCGGUCAUGACGCCGUGAAAAAUCGAAGACAUGUGCGUGGAUCUAACUACAGAUAUGGUCGAGGUUGCGGACAAGAGAACCCACAGGGUAAGAUGGAAUCUGUCCCAUCAGCACAACAAGUCGUCUCUGGUGCUGGGGUAUCCAUCAUCCUGAAAAUCGAUCAGCCCACAGGUAGACAAGUGCAAGGCAUAGUCGCAGAAGUGCUUGGUAGAGGCGACCAUCCACGUGGUAUCAAAGUAAGACUUGUCGAUGGACGUGUAGGUCGCGUCCAGUCCAUCGUGUCCGAGGAAGAGGCAAAGCUAGCGUCUGCUGGGUUGUCAAAUCUGGGUCGUAAUGGUGAACCUGCAGGAGAUGUCACUACUCAAGCAGUGACGAUGCGAGGAUCCAAGGCUCGGUCCAGGGAUGUACGAUUCAACAACGCUUACCAUUAUGAGUCAAGCCAAGCGGAGAGGGAGACUAUCAACUUGAUGGACUACGUUAAGAAGAAGCCCGCAAAAGCGGGGAAGUCGAACCCCGUGCAAAUGACAUGGGGUGAGAGAGAAGCGAUAGCACACGUUGAUGGCAAUCCAACCCAAAGUAUUCUUUGCCCGGUCUGUGGCGACUUCGAAGGCGACGAAGAAGCAGUCGCACACCACGUGAGCAGCCACUUUGAAGAGCCUUAG